AUGGUGAACGUAGCUUUUGUGCACCCCGAUUUGGGGAUUGGAGGAGCUGAACGUCUUGUCGUCGACGCCGCAUUGGCACUCAAAUCUCAAGGUCACUCCGUCAAACUGUUCACCGCCCACCAUGAUCCCAGUCAUUGUUUCAAAGAAACGCAAGAUGGAAGUCUGUCGGUGACGUGCGUUGGAGAUUGGUUGCCUCGUAGUAUAUUUGGUGGGUGCUAUGCGCUGUGUGCAUACAUUCGUAUGAUGUAUGUUGCUCUAUAUUUGGUGUGUUUUAGUGGAUUGCACUACGAUAUCGUAAUAUGUGACCAGAUCUCUGCCUGUAUUCCAAUCUUAAAGUUUCGCAAGGCAAAGAUUCUAUUUUAUUGCCAUUUUCCGGAUCAACUGCUGACCAAGAGAAUUAGUUUCAUGAAGAAACUGUAUCGUGGUCCUAUAGAUUGGUUGGAAGAGAAAACUACAGGAAUGGCAGACUGCAUACUUGUCAAUAGCCAAUUCACUGGUGAGACGUUUGCUUCUACCUUCACUACGCUGUCUCAUAUUAAACCCCAAGUACUAUAUCCUUCGUUGAAUUUCUCCGCAUUUGAUGUUCCAGUAAGUGAUGCAGGCGAUCUGAUCCCAAGGAACAUUCGCACAUUGUUCCUCUCUAUUAAUAGAUACGAGAGAAAGAAAAACCUUGGAUUGGCGAUUGAAGCAUUUGGAGAUUUGAAAAAGAAUCUAGCAGACGAUAGAUGGGGAGAAGUUCAUUUAGUGAUGGCAGGCGGUUACGAUGACAGAGUUGUGGAGAAUAAAGAACAUUAUUUAGAACUGCGACAGUUGACAGAGAAAUUGAAACUGAACGACAACGUGACGUUUUUACGAUCCUUCAGCGAUUCAGAGAAGCUGACUCUGCUUCAUAAUUGCACGUGCUUGUUAUACACUCCAAGUAAUGAACACUUUGGCAUUGUGCCAAUAGAAGCCAUGUAUAUGAAACGACCUGUGAUCGCGGCUAAUAGUGGUGGGCCGUUAGAAAGCAUAGAUAAUGAAGUUACAGGCUAUCUUUGUCCACCUGAAUCUAAACAAUUUGCCGAGAAAAUGAAAAGAUUUGUAGAUGAUGGUGGAUUAAGUAGCAAGUUAGGUAAAGCUGGUCAUCAGAGAGUCAUAGACAAGUUUUCUUUCCAAGCAUUUACUGAUCAAUUACACAAUAUUGUGACACGGUACUGUGAGAGUUAGUUAUAAAUA